AUGACUGACCAACUGACUGAAGAGCAGAUUGUAGAAUUCAAAGAUGCUUUUUCACUAUUUGACAAGGAUGGUGAUGGAACUAUAACAACAAAGCAACUGAGAACUGUAAUGAGGUCUCUUGGACAGAAUCCCACAGAAGCAGAGUUACAGGACAUGAUUAACGAAGUAGAUGCUGAUGGUAAUGGCACAAUUGACUUCCCUGAAUUUCUGACAAUGAUGGCAAGAAAAAUGAAAGACACGGACAAUGAAGAAGAAAUUAGGGAAGCAUUCCAUGUGUUUGAUAAGGAUGGCAAUGGCUGUAUCAGAGCAGCAGAGCUUUGCCAUGUGCUGACAAAUCUCAGAGAGAAGUUAACAGAUGAAGAAGUUGACGAAACAAUCAGAGAAGCCGAUAUCGAUGGUGAUAGUCAAGUAACCUACGAAGAGUUUGUACAAAUGAUGACAGCAAAGUGAAGACAUUGUACAGAAUGUGUUAAUUUUUUUUU